UGAGGCGAACUCCGCCGCCAAGUGAGUGAGGAGGAGGAGGAGGAGAAGGAGGAGGAGGAAGAGGAGGAGCGCAGUCAGAGCGCGGCGGCAGCGGCAGCGGCAGAGGCGCCGCGGCGGGCACCAGCCCAGAGAGACCCCCGAGCCCGCGGCACAGGCGGCGGCGGUGCUCAGCGGGCGCGACCAGCCGAGCUAGCGGCGGCCCCGGCUCCUCCUCGUCCGGCGCCAGCGGCCCGCGCCCCGCGCCCGUACUCGGCCAGCCGAGACCCGCCUCCCGCCGGCCUCGUGAGGGACGCGCCGAGUCGGGCGGCCGAGAGCGGCGGCGGCCGGGAGCGCGUCGGCCCCGGGCGGAAAGUGCCUGCGGGGGGCGGGCGAGCGCGCGGUGCCGGCCGCCCCGGGGCUCGGCGCGGGAGCCGGAGCGGGAGCCGGCGCGGAGCGGGACGCCGGGUCCCGAGCGGCCGGCGGCCGGGGCUCGCCCCCGCCCCUCCCUCCUCUCCGGCGGCGGCGGCGGCGGCGGCGGGCGGAGUGAGCUGCGGAGCCUGGAAUAUGGUCGGGGAAAUGGAAACGAAGGAGAAGCCGAAGCCCACCCCAGAUUACCUGAUGCAGCUGAUGAACGACAAGAAGCUCAUGAGCAGCCUGCCCAACUUCUGCGGGAUCUUCAACCACCUCGAGCGGCUGCUGGACGAAGAAAUUAGCAGAGUACGGAAAGACAUGUACAAUGACACAUUAAAUGGCAGUACAGAGAAAAGGAGUGCAGAAUUGCCUGAUGCUGUGGGACCUAUUGUUCAGUUACAAGAGAAACUUUAUGUGCCUGUAAAAGAAUACCCAGAUUUUAAUUUUGUUGGGCGAAUUCUUGGACCGAGAGGACUUACAGCCAAACAACUUGAAGCAGAGACGGGAUGUAAAAUAAUGGUCCGAGGCAAAGGCUCAAUGAGGGAUAAAAAAAAGGAGGAGCAAAAUAGAGGCAAGCCCAACUGGGAGCAUCUCAAUGAAGAUUUACAUGUACUAAUCACUGUGGAAGAUGCUCAGAACAGAGCAGAAAUCAAAUUGAAGAGAGCAGUUGAAGAAGUGAAGAAAUUAUUGGUACCAGCAGCAGAAGGAGAAGACAGCCUGAAGAAAAUGCAGCUGAUGGAGCUUGCAAUUCUGAAUGGCACCUACAGAGAUGCCAACAUUAAAUCACCAGCCCUUGCCUUUUCUCUUGCAGCAACAGCCCAGGCUGCUCCAAGGAUUAUUACUGGGCCUGCGCCGGUUCUCCCACCAGCUGCCCUGCGUACUCCUACGCCAGCUGGCCCUACCAUAAUGCCUUUGAUCAGACAAAUACAGACCGCUGUCAUGCCAAACGGAACUCCUCACCCAACUGCUGCAAUAGUUCCUCCAGGGCCCGAAGCUGGCUUAAUCUAUACACCCUAUGAGUAUCCUUACACAUUGGCACCAGCUACAUCAAUCCUUGAGUAUCCUAUUGAACCUAGUGGUGUAUUAGGUGCGGUGGCUACUAAAGUUCGAAGGCACGAUAUGCGUGUCCAUCCUUACCAAAGGAUUGUGACCGCAGACCGAGCCGCCACCGGCAACUAACCUAUGACCUUCUGACCUCUGAACUCUUCACCCAAUGAUGACCUGACCAUGCCUGCCUGCUGAUCAGUUAACUGGUAAUCGCCUUUGCUUGCCUGUCGUCAGUGCAGCAAGCUGAGGCACUUGUCCGUUCGUCUUACCAUCUAACCAAACAAAAGACAAAGAAAUUGUUGUCCUCCAACUCAGCUUUUUUUUUUUUUUUUUCCCUGUUUGGGUGAAAGUGGUUCUAGAACCUGCACUGAAUAGUAGUAAAGCAAUAAGGCCCAAUUCAUCCCACAGCACUGAUCAUCUUCUAAUAUCCCACCCUAAGCGAACGGUAAGAAGGCCUCUCUUAAGAAGGGGAGACAGAUGGCCCUUAACUACUCAAUGACAGAGGCAGUUACUGUGAGAGACUUCUAGGAAUCUUUUUCUUCUCAUAGUGAAGUUAAAGCUCUCUCUGAAUGUACUGUGUGAUGAUGCAUCAUGCAUGAACCUUCGGUCAGGGAUGUCAUUGGUGAAGUGAUUUCAAAAAGUAUUCAAAAUUUGAUAUGCUGUUUAGUCACUACAGUGCCCUCAAAGGGCAGAAGUUGCAGCCUUUUUUAUAUUGCCUGCCAAAAUUUGAAGUAUUAGAGGAAAGUGUGCCAUGAGAGGAGAAACUUGAGUUUUGAAAAGUAAUGCAAAUAACAAAACUGCAACACUAUUUUUAAAAAGAUAAAUAUCUGAGUUAAAAUUACUGAAUCUUUAUUUUACACCUUCUAAAAAAAUAUAUGAGAACAAGGUACAUGCAUUAUGUGUCACAUUACUGGGCAAACUGUUCAAGUAUUUUUUUUUUAAACCUCCCUGUAUAGAAAAAAAUCAUUAAGGAUGUAAAAGCCAUGCUUGCCUAUUUGCUGUAUACAUGUAAUGAAAUUGUAGAUAAAGUGUAGUGCAUUGAAACAAAUGAACAAAAGUAGAUACUUUUACUAUACAAGGGUGCUGGUGCAGAAAAAAUAUAUAUAUUUUUGGAAAUGUAGCAUUUUAUACUUUCAAGUGUUAUAAAAAAAAAAAAAGAAAAAGAACAAAGAAACCCUUUAUUUCAUUAAAUGAUUUUUUCUGGUGGUUGUCAAGAAACAAAAGACCAAAAGAGCCUUUUUGUCUUUCUUUUUUAUUUUUUAAGUAUUGGAAUAAGUCUAAAGAAAAGAAAGUGCCUUAUUUUCCUUCAUGGUCAUUUAGUCAAGUGUCUCAUAAAGAUCAGCUGCUCCUCCCUCAGAAUACAAGUUAAUGCAUGUUACUCAGUCGCCCAGUAUGUGAAAGAAGAUAUGAGGGAGACAAAUGAGUUGAUGGUUUGAAUCAUAUGAUUUUUGCCACGUUACCUUGAUGCAAAUUUGCCAAAUCUGAUACUGUGAAAGAUUUGAUAAUUUUUCUAAUGCCUGACUAGCAAGUUUUGAAACAUCAUUCUUUAAAAAAAUUAUAAUCGAAUACUUUUAGUUAUUCCAGUCUUCACUGAUAACCCAAAGGACUCUGAGAUAAAAAUUAUGUGUGACCUGAACUUCAGACAAAAUUAGAGCUUUGUUUUAUUUGGAGAAAGGGGAUGCAUUCAUUUUGUUUUGUUUUUUAUUUUCUUUUUAAUUAAUUGGAGAUAAUAGGAUCCCUAGCAAAUGUUUUCACGAAAGUGACUCUUGAUUUUCAUUCUGGAAAACAAUGUUUUAAAUAACCCAAAUGUAACCACGUGUCUUUAUAUCAUACCAGAUAACUUGUGUAAUGCAUCUCUUUACAGAUUCAGUAACCUGCCUCCCCCACCCUUUAAGUUUGAAAGAAUGUGAAAAACUAGCAUCAUAGUGCAUAUAAUACUCAACCACCUUUCAGCUUAAGCUUCUAAUUUCUCCAGAAGUUCAAACAGUUAUGUAGUUCAAGCAAUUUGUGCGCAAAGCCUACAUCUAAACACUUGAGUGUGAGUAAUCAUUAACUGCUUGGUACCAGAUGUGGCAAAUCUCAAGUGACGGUGGACUCCCUUCCAGCUUAUCAACUCGUUCCCUCUUCCACACCUUCCCAGCGUCACAGUCAGAGGUCAGCAGGAAGCUUAGUCAGUACCUUCUUGGUGACCUCCCCCGCCAUCUUCUCUCACUUGGAAACCUUGUCAGUUUAUUUACUAUGCAAUAGACAUUCAUUGUUUUGUAUCCAGCUAGCUUUGGUUUAAUACGCCACUGCUUUGUCUUUCUGUUACACAUACAGUUUUGAUUUAUUUACAGUAUAUGCUGUGCCAUUUUGAUUUUUAUAUCAUUUGGUUGGUUGAAUCAAUUUGCGACACUCAAACACUUGAGGUGACAGUUAUUAAAAACAAUACCAGUAUUUGAUCCAGUUUCAUCUCAACUAUGUUAUACCUGGACAUUUUAGACGUUUAUCAAAGGUCUUUUAUGGGGAAGAAAGUAAAUGUAUGAAAUAAUAAAUGUGUGACAUUUAUGGGUAAUGUUGGCUCUGAGCAAACUUUUGAAAACUUGGUUGACAAAAUUUUGGAUCAACUGAAAAAAAAGCAUGACUUUUGAAAUCUCUGAAUGCCUUGGUUCUCAGUAUUAUCAUUCUUUAUUGAAUUUAUUUCUUAUUAAAAUAUGUAGUUUUUAAGACUUUUUUUCUGACAGUAUUAUGUAAUUUUUUAGCGUGGGUAGAUGGGAGUGUCGCUUCUAUGUUAUCGUACAGCUGACAUGUAUUUUUGUCUAUUCUUUAUUAUCUUAGUAGUUUCAUGCUAUGUAUGUACCAUAACCAACCUAUUGCCUAUGAGAAACAUGUAAGAUAAUGUAUUUACAGCCAUUGUUACAAGUUUAUAAUGUAUUUUUCUAUCUUGUUUUAUAUGUAUGUUAUAUAACAUUCAAAAAGAAUUUUUUUCUUGAUUGAGAAAAGGAUACAAAAUGCAAAAUCCACAAUUUUGAUAACUGAAAAUUGCCAAUUGUUUUGCAGUACUUUAUUAUAUUGGGUGUCUUGUCUUUUUUGGGCUUUUAGUUAGCUAAUGAAUGAAUACAUUAGACACUUUUGGGUUUUAGUUGGGAUUUUACAUAGCUUGCAUUUUAAUUCUUUGGUUCUUUGCUGUUUCUAUUAACCCAUAGCAUUAUUUUAAUAAAUGUUAUAAUAUCAACCUACUAACUCUGGACUAUGUCUGUUUAUUAACCUUUAUAUGUUUAAUUAAAAUAAAUAAAGACAAAAGAAUGUAAAGUCUUGCGUUACUGGACUAACCCUGAAGAACGUGACCACAGAUAACAUAGCGUGACUUGUUUUUCUGUUGUUUGUCAGCUGACAGUUCCGCACACUACUCUUAAAAUGGCUUUGAUUAUUCUGGUCUUUUACCUGGUGGGGAGGGAAGGUAGGUGCGGUAGAGAUGGGAACAAAGUAGCCUUUGUUUGAGGCAGUCUUCUGCUCUUGCCACUUGCCUUUUAGCAUCUGCCUUACUAAUUCCACACCUUAUUUUUCCUUCUCCAAAAUAAUCACUGUCUGCUCACAGCAUCGAGUAAAAAGAUACAUUGUAAUGGUAUAUACCUGGAGAAACCAGUUUGAUUCUUUUGUUGAACCAUUUCUUUUAAUUUCUGUAAGUAAUUUUAUGGUCACAUUGCAAAGCAGAGAAACUGUUGAUAUUUUACCUUUAUUUAGGUUUUUGUUUCAACUUGACCUUUUUCCUUUGGAAAGCAUUGAACUUGUUUAGCUAACUGCUCCUAUUAGAGGGCUCAACUUGGGUGAAGCCAAAGGAUCCCUGGCUGUCUCUGUUGGUAACCCGGUGGCCCAGAGCUCCACCAUUUUCCCGUGAGGUAAAGAACACUCGGCACGUUACUGAGUUUUCCUCAGGUGUUUUUUUCUCUGUCUCCUACUUUCCUUGAAACAUUAAACAAGAAAUUUAAGAGGGAAGGACUAUGAGAUUUGAAAAGUUAUGUAUGAUUAAUUAUUUGCAUGCAUAUCAGUUUAAGGUUUCUUAAAUAUCUUCAUGCUUUUCUUGGCUGAAACUUGGGGAAAUUAACCUGUAAUUAUGAAUUCUUUAAUUCAAGGUGCAUUUUUAUUUCACAGAUUGGUACUUGCUUUUUUCUGUGAAACAAUUCUCUUAGAUAAGAUUCUCAGGAUGAAUUUUUGCAUUUGUAAAUAACGACAUAUCUUUGUAAAUUACAUUUUAUUUAUUUAGAGUUCUAAAAUGUGUGGCUUAAAUGAGUUACAUAUAAUAGAAGACAAAACUAUACCAACAUGCUCUUAACCAACCCAUCAGACUGUCAGGGUAUUCUCAUUUCAUCAAUAUAUAUACACACAUACAUGUAUAGAUAACAUCCAGAGUAAUGAUACCUGAUUUGAGUGAUAACAGCUAAUCACCAUUGAGAUGAUCAUUUGGAUCCUGUAAACAAACCUGGUCAUUUCUCUGAUGGGAGUGGUGGUCAGUGUGCCGUCGUUAGGUAGACAGGUCUUUAGCAUGCUACUGUUUGUACAAGUUUUCCUUGCCAUACAGCUCAUGUAGUAGUCUGUGAACGUUCAAAGAUGGCUGUCAAGCUGCUAAUAUUCAAGUUGUCAUGGUACCAUGUCACUUAAAUUGGUGAAUUUCUAUGCAAUUUUUACUAUUCUCUGAAGCCUAUGAAUGCAUCCUCAUCUCAUUUUCAGUUAAGGCUACUUUAUGUAUAAUUAUGUCUUUGCUACCUUUUAUGUAAGAAACAUAAAAAAAGUUUUAAAAGGUGCAGAUAACAUUGCAGAUUUUUAUACAGGUUACAAUGUUAUUAAACAUGAAACUACCAAAUUCCUAGAAUCACAUCACAGAUUUUUUUUUAUACAGGUUAUUGAAAUACUGAAACUAUUUGAAAAAAACAAUUGAAAUUGAGCUUUCAGUCAAGAAGUUGGCAAAGUUAAUGUACUUAAACAUCUUUUUUUCUGUAGGCAAAAUGUCAGGGAAAACAACGUGAAGGUAGUUACUCAUAUGCGCUCCGGCACGGUAGCUCCACAUGUGAGAGAUCAUUCAGGCACCCUGUCUAUAAAGCCUGCAUGUGUAUACAUAAACACAAUUGGUGUCUUUAGUUUUCUAAACACUAAAGUUCCUAAUUUUUUAGUGUGCCAAAAGUAAAUGAUAGGUUUAAAUGAAAUUUCUCAUUACCAAGUCAAGACUCUUUUAUAUAUAUAUAUAUAUAUAUAAAUGUGUGUGUGUGUGUCAUAACACUUUAACAUGUGACAGCCUAAGUUUCUUUACUUUGGGGGUGGGGUGGGAGUGGUUUUGCCUGUUGGACCAGGAUGAAAUGCCUGUCUUUAUUCCUUGAUAAGAAGUAGCUAUUAUGGCAUUUCAAACUAUUUUUGGUAGAAUGUACUGCCAAACGAUAAUUCAUUUAGCAAAAAUUACUCUCCAACUUUCUGAAUUCACAGAUUUUCUAAGUGCAUACUUUAUUACAUUGUCAUGAAUUCUUUAAUGCCUUUAUUUCAAAUGGAAAAAGUAACUUUAUGGACAGUAUUUUAGAAAUAUCAUGUAAUUCACGUCUAAUUUUAUAUGUAGUUUAAGUGAUCUAAAUUGAGAUACCUUUGAUCUGAAGAGAUUUACCAACAUUAUAUGCACUCUUGCCCUCAAUGCGGAAUCAAACUGGUUAACUUCUGCACAGGCCUCUCCUUUCUACGUUUCUGCUGCACUAAUUGCCAGGGAGUGGGAGAGAAGGUGGAGAAAUUCAUUCACAGUAGAAGGAGGCGAUAGGUGCGGCAAAAAGCAGCUCACAGUAUUGAUUCCACAUUAUAGUUUUGUUGCCCCUUCUUGGCAAAAGAUAACCACCUUGUGGGAAGAUCACAGCUUCCAGGGUAAAAGAGAAUUUAUAACUUUUGAAAGUGCUAUUAAGAAGUUUUUAUUGGCUGGGCGUGGUGGCUCAAGCCUGUAAUCCCAGCACUUUGGGAGGCCGAGGCGGGUGGAUCACGAGGUCAAGAGAUCGAGACCAUCCUGGUCGACAUGGUGAAACCCCGUCUCUACUAAAAAUACAAAAAAUUAGCUGGGCACGGUGGCGCGUGCCUGUAGUCCCAGCUACUCAGGAGGCUGAGGCAGGAGAAUUGCCUGAACCCAGGAGGGUGGAGGUUGCGGUGAGCCGAGAUCGCACCAUUGCACUCGGGCCUGGGUAACGAGCGAAACUCUGUCUCAAAAAUAAAUAAAUAAAUAAAAGUUUUUAUUACCAAAUAGAUCUUUUAUGGUUUAUAUUGUAGUGGUAUGUAUGAAACAUUUAAAAUUUUACUUGCAGAAAUGGCAUGUGUGUAUAUAUCUAUAGAAGUCGAAAUAGGUGUUCCCACAUGGGAACGGAGAACUGCGUGUGACUGUACGUGAAGUGCAGUAAACAACUGGAAAAAGUACAUGUGCUUCAUCCUGUCAAGCCAACUGCAGCUGGAAAGUGCUGCUUAUUCUCCACCCCCAGAAAUGCAUGUAUAAAUAUAGAACAAAGAAUGCACACUUUCCAUUUUAUUGAGGCUUUCAACACUAUUUAAAAGAAAAUGUAAGCAUCUGACAUUCUGGAGUUCUAAAUUAGAAGAUGAGCAUAAUCACUGAUUUUAGUCACUAAAGGAGAUUAGUAGACAUAUAGUGUUCCUCAGUUGGACUGUGCAUCCAAAAUAGUUAACAUUUUCUAUCUUUAAUAAAUGGCACAAUUUUUAUGUUUUUUAAAUGUAAGAAAGAGGAAUGCCGACCAAAACUUGAUUCAUGAAAAGAACUAGUGUCAUUAACUUGUAGAACAAAGUAGAAUUGGUUUAUUUUAAAAAUUAUUUCCAGCAGUGUGAAACGUUUAGGAUUCUUUAACAUCUAAAUGUUUUGACUCCUUGUACCUUAAGUUUUCCAGUCUUUCUUAUUUACAUCAUCUCCACGUACCUCUGCCUCCUUUCCUCUUGCUCACUGGAACCUUAGUUUUCCUCAGCAGGAUGGUUUGUAAAAGUAGCCCACAGGUGUAGGAUCUGUGGCACAUCAUACAGACUGGCGGCCCAAAGGUGUGUUUGGUUUGGCUUAUGCAGUGUUUUGCUUUUUAAACUACUUGCCAUACUUUGAAGGUGGAAACACUAAUAAAAAGUCUGAAUACCCAUAUUAGAUUUUUUUUUUUAAAUCUCUUCAUGAAAUCUGCUCUUCCUCAAAAAUCAAAAUGUCUAGAAAGCCCAAACAUGUAUUGUCACAUAGUAGGCACCAGCUGAAACUGAGUAAUCAAACUGCCUCCUUAAGCCAAGUAUUCCCUGGUUAAUCGGCACCCCACCCCUCCUUCCUGUCUCUAGUGUCACACUUGGGCUGUUGGUUUUCUUACUCUCCUGUCUUGCUUUAAUCCUUCCUCCUACCUCUGCCUAGCUCCUGUAAAUAUCUGCUUGUCUCCUGGUCCAGGAUGGUGGUCUUUCAAACCAACUUCUCAAAAGGGAUGGCAUAAAAUAGGUUUUGAUAUUUUUACUUCUGAAAAAUCAGAUGAAUGUUCUAAGUUUAUCAAAAAUGUUAGUCGCUUACUCAUGAAUAUUGGAUUUCUUACUGUUUAAAGGAGUUCUAUUAAGUGAGUGGAAGGAUUAGACCUUUGGAUUUUCCUCCUAAUGUAUUUUUUUAUGAUUACCUUAUACAAUAAUUUGUGGUCUACUUAGCAGUUAAACUAAUUGACCAUCUAAUAGUUGACUAUAAAUAUAUCUAAAAUAAUAGUCAUAAGUUUUGCAUCACAACUUCCCAAAAACCUUAUUAAAAUUAGGUUAUUCUCGUGUAAUGCUAUUUUGUGAAGUAUAUAUGUACAUAAUGUAUACUCUGAAAGUGCUUGUUUUUACAUGCUAUACAACAGUUUCAAUUUUAAAGACUGUCUCCUGAAAUUGGGAUGAAAAUCUAUAGUCUUUGUUUUCUUAAAGUAUCCUAUACUACAUUCAUUGGUUACUUAACUGGGUAUUAAUAAAAUAAUUACAGGAAAAAAAGUGACUAAGAGCAAAAGGAGAUGAAAAUAUUUGCAAAUGAAUCCACAAUUCUUGUAGAACUUUUUGAGUUGACUAAAGAUUUUAUGAGCACUCCUUGAACUUAGAACUGUCAAGGGUGGGGAUGAUGAAGGUACAGUGCCUUGGCUAUGCUUGAAACCUGAAUUUUAAUGCUUCCCUUGUUACGGUCAUUGUCCUAAAUGAUUUGGUUUACGAAGUUAAGACAUACUAGUUAGUUGUACAAGUGGAAAGUUGGAUACAUUUUAAUUAAAUGAUAUAUGUUAAUGAA